CGACAGUCGCCAUGUCAUCUUCUCCACGGAAGCCAAUGUCCAAGGCGGCGGUGCAGCGAUGGUACCUCCUCGGAGGCGUGGCGCUCCUGUUUGGGUUCGCAGCGUUUGUCAACGUCAGUUUCUACAUGCGAAAUAACGCCACAUCGUCGGGGCUCUCGGCCGCCCACGUACGAGCGGAGGGACGUCAUGGAUCGUCGGCGAGCAAUCGCAUCGUCAAGCACGUUGUGUUCACAGCAACGUGCUCCGAACGCGACCGCAUGCGCUCGCAAGUCUUGGCGUUCACCGCUCGCGAACAACGAUUCACUGGGUACUUGACGUACAUUGCGUACAACUGCGACAAGAUGGCGUUCCUAACUCUGCAAAAAGCCAUGCCUCCUCAUUACAACGUCGCAUUCUUUCAUGCGGCGAAUAUCCAGGGGUCAGGCGAGACGGAAUUGAACCCGCAUGCCCUUCACGCAUGGACAAAGUCUCCUGAGGCGAAGGCGCUUCCCGCCGACGAGUUUGUCAUGAUCGUUGAGAUCGACACGAUCUUCACUCGCACGUUGGACCUGGCCGCGAUGCUGCAUGUCGCCGACACGAUGACGAAUCCGACGUUGUUGGGGCAGGACGCUGCGUGGUUCGACAGCGACUACCCAACGUAUAUCAUGCCAGUCGAGAUUCUCGAAGCCACGAUGGGCAAGUCGUCCAAGUCGGUCAACACCGACAACUGGCGCGGAAACGCAGUUCACGCCCCGUUCAUCAUGCAUGCGCGGCACAUGGAUCCAGUCUUUGGCAUGACCAAAGGCAUCUACGACAAGCUCGAGCAAAAGUACCAGCACCUGGCUUACCCGUUGGCAUGCGCAGAGCUCGAGUUGGAGCAUGGCGUUGCCGGCAGUUUCCGCCUCAGUCGGUACAACUCGUUCGCGGAAAACUGGAAUUUCGUCGACGUGAUCAAGUACAAUCCCAUUCAAGAAACGAUGAACGAAACCAGCCCCCUGUAUGCCGAAUACCCGUUCACGAUGCGCACGUCGGUGCUGCAGCUGCUCAAGUGGGUCGAUGGCGCACCAUACGUGAUGCGGGACCGAUGGGUGCCGCUGGAUUUUUUCCAGUGCGAUGCCGUGAUGCUCCAGCUUCCAGACCCUUCUCUGUGGCACUAUGCAUCGCACACGUAUGGGUGGGAGCAGGUGUCGCCGAUCCUCCGAACGCGCCACAUCGUGUCGAUAGCGUUAACGUAUCAAGCGUACAACCGCGCCGCGCGCGACAUCAAGCAGCACACGUGCGCCAACGGGUUCAACGACCACCAGCGGCUACUGCUUGGAGAAGACAUCAAGUCCGCCGUGCCAUCCAAGUUGCCGCUGCACGGCCUGGCUGCCAGCACGAACGACGUGGCAGACGCCGACCAAGCGUUUGACUUCGUCUUUGUCACGUCAUGCUCCAAUGCCGACCAGUGGCAAGCGGACAUGCUCGUGGAAUCGUUCGACCGCGUGAAACAGCGCGGGUCGUUGACUCGUAUCGUAACAGGGUGUGCCACGAUCGACGAGCUCAAUCAGGUUUAUCGCCGGACGAGUCCCAAGAUGAAAUUGCACUUUGCGCCCGACACGGCGUCGUUUCAAACGACGCACGCGCUGCGCCAUUGGCUCCAGCACUCGAACGCGCCGCAUUUGCCGUCGACGCUGGUCGUGCUCGCGGUGGACUUUUUGUUUCUCCGCCGCUUUGUCAUGUCCAAGUCGAUGCCAGUUGUCACGGCCUACCCGAAACCCGACGAAGACCCGGACCCGGACGCAAUGGAGGUCGUGCGCGGCAGCCGCCAGCCCAAGGCAGUGUUUUUCUACUCUGGCCAUGCCGCCGCGCCAAACGCGAUCGAAGCCAAAUCGGGCACGGUCAUUGUCCAAAAUUUCGACUCGUACCUCGAGGGCCUCACGACCGCCGACCGCGUCGCAGCACUGUGCCCGACCUGCCCCAAGCCAUCCGCCACGUCGGACCAGUACAACGUCGGUCUCCCGUACGUGGUGUCUACGUCCGACUUGAAGAAAUCGAUCGACGAUGCUGCCGCGUUUGCGGAAAAGUACUUUCAAGCGUAUGCCCCGCCGAGUCGGCUGCACGCCGACUUGAUCGGGUUCGCUGUGGCAGCGGCCAAGCAAGGCUUGUCGACGGUUCGCUUAGACAACUUGGCGCUGACCCAAGCGGCGAGCGAAGACUGGCAUUUCGCCCUCGCCAAGAAGGAACUCAACUCGUUCACGAUUGAAUACGUGCUCGAGAACCCGUGCCACGACGAGUUGGUCGUGCCACCGAACGCAGCUCCGUUUCUCCGCCAGUUCAAGCGAUUCCAAAUCGCGUCGUGGGUCGCCGACCCGAAACUCAUGCCGGACAACGUGUUUGCGUGCGAUAUGUGGCUCCUGCAAGAACCCCCUGCGUCCCUGUGGACGGACGCCAUCAAGUCGGAGAAUGCCGACACGAUCAAAAACACAUACGGUCUGUGCACGACCCUCAAGCUGUGGAACGCGCUGCUCGUCCAGCGCAAGCAGACCCAGUGCCCCAACGGCUUCAACCACAACAAGCGGCUCAAGUUGGUGGACCCUCGCCCUGCUGACGUGCUGAUAUCCCUCGACAAGCCCCAAUGGCCAUAGCACCAUCCAUUCGAUGCGGCGGCUGACUUGAAUAGAUUCCACAACGAGUGCA